UCGACCCGAGGCCGAUUUCCCCGUUCAUCAGAACCACAGUCACAUAGCCUCUGUCUCCAGAGGGUGGCGCGCAAGGACAACCCAAAGCGAGUGCGGGGAGCAGCCGGCGCGCCCCCGUGCGCGUGCCCCUCUUUCUUUCUUCCUCGCAACCUUCCAAUUUGUAGCCACAGUGCACGGAUUUACCUCUAGAGGUCAUCAGCGAGAAUUUACGACUGGACAACAAAAGCACGUGAUUUCAAGUCGUACCCCAUAUUUGGGUGCCUACGUAGGAGGGAGCGAAGUACAUGUCCCAGUCAUUUCCAUAAUUCAUCAUAAAUUGUGCAGGGUGCUAGACGCACAAACGACCAAGAGCCACAAAUCAAGUAAAAAAUAAAUAAAUAAAAAAAUCAAAUGAGCUCUUACUUUGUAAACUCAUUCUGCGGUCGCUAUCCAAAUGGCCCGGACUACCAGUUACAUAAUUAUGGAGAUCAUAGCUCGGUGAGCGAGCAAUACAGGGAUUCUGCAACGAUGCAUUCCAGCAGGUACGGCUACGGUUACAAUGGGAUGGAUCUCAGCAUUAGUCGUCCAGCAUCUAACCACUUUAAUGCCAGUGAAAGAUCUCGAAGCUACUCUGCAGCAGCAACAACAGCGGCAGCAGCAGGACCAGAAGCAGGAGCAGACACCAGGUACAACCAACCUGCCACGUCCACUCAGUCUCCUUCACCUGACCCUCUGCCCUGCUCCGCCGUGGUCAGUCCGCCUGCCAGUGACAACCACCCCGGAAUCAAAAACUCCAUAGCAAGCCCAACUACCUCCUCAAAUUCCAGCAGCAGCAGCAGCAGUCAGAUCAGUAGAGAUGGGGUUGGCACGUCGCCUGGUACUGAGGAUGAGACCCCGGCCAGCAGCGAACCUCCAAGUUCACAGAACGGGCAAGGCACAGCACAGCAGCAGCCUCAGAUUUACCCCUGGAUGCGAAAACUGCACAUAAGUCACGACAGUAUGGGAGGACCAGAAGGUAAAAGAGCCAGGACGGCUUAUACCCGAUACCAAACCCUGGAGCUGGAAAAAGAAUUCCACUUCAAUAGAUAUCUGACCCGGAGACGACGGAUAGAAAUUGCACAUGCUCUUUGCCUAACAGAGAGACAGAUUAAGAUCUGGUUCCAAAACAGGAGGAUGAAAUGGAAAAAAGAUAACAAGUUAAAAAGCAUGAGCAUGGCCGCUGCAGGAGGCGGAUAUCGUCCUUGAUCAAUAGAAGCAAUGGGCAGUAGCUGACCAAUUAGCAUAAUGUCAAUACAGUACUGACUUCCAAAACUCUUUUCCCGUGUUACUUCUAUGAAGAAAAGCAUUUCCAUGUUGCCGUAUUCCAAUCUUUGCAUCGUUAGUCUGCUUUCUGGUCGUACUGUUGCCUGUACAAGUCAUUGCUUACAGUAUAUUGUCUAGGAAUAGGAUAGCCUUGUGAAUUAUAGCUGUUUUAACUUAUUUAUAUUAAUACAAGCGGUAUUACUUGAAGUAACUGUAUAAAAUCGUCCAGUAAAAUGUAAUUAUGUGUUGCACUCUGCAAAAAAAGUGUAUGUAUGUGUUAGUGUUGCUAAAUGUCAAAAUAGCUCCAAGCUUGCAAUACGUAUUUAAUUUCAGAUCAUCGUCCUCUGUAUUUGAUAUCGUAGUGUUAAAUCACUGAAAUGCUACCUAUUCUGUGUUAUUAGUGAGCAGUGAAUUUUGUGAAGGGUAUUGCGACUUUGAACUGUAUGUCUAUGCUGUGCCUUUGUAUGACUUUGCACGAAUUCCAAUAAGUGGCUCUUAGCGCAGCGUCGGUGUAUGUUUUUUGUGACAAAGGAUAACUAUAAAGCCUAAAAGACUGGCAGUUUAAGAAAUUAGUGAUGAGCUUUUGUAUUUGUUUUUAAAACUGACUGGAAGUUAAAAUAAAGUUUCUAUAGUAACUUUCCUGC